UCCGCUGCUUUACUGUCGAGUAGUUUUCUCAACAAAGAACAGCUACAAACUAUUAUCGCUUAUUACGAAAAGUUGUUUUAAAGAGCAAAUAAUACGUUCAAAUUUAUUUUAAUUAGUUUCACGUCAAUAUCAAAUACUUUGUUCCAAAAUGAGGCUGGCAGUCAUUGGUCUUUUUACCCUGUUUACCAGCAUCAUCGCCACCACGCCUGCUAGGGAGUUUGUGUCUCUGGCAGAAAGAGAAGAUGCUCUACUCAGGGACUUGUUUCAGGGGUACCAGUGCUGGGUCAGGCCUGUUCUGCAUGCAAACCACACUGUGAAGGUCCGGUUUGGCUUGAAGAUUUCUCAGCUAGUGGAUGUGGAUGAGAAAAACCAACUUAUGACCACUAAUGUGUGGCUAUGGCAGGAAUGGCUGGAUUAUAAACUGCGAUGGAACCCUGAGAAUUAUGGCGGCAUCACCUCUAUCAGAGUCCCGUCAGAGAGCAUCUGGCUCCCGGAUAUUGUUUUAUAUGAGAAUGCUGAUGGACGUUUUGAAGGCUCCCUUAUGACCAAAGCCAUUGUGCGUUACAAUGGCAUGAUCACAUGGACGCCCCCUGCCAGCUACAAGUCCGCCUGCACCAUGGAUGUGACGUUCUUCCCGUUCGACCGGCAGAACUGCUCUAUGAAAUUUGGCUCUUGGACGUAUGACGGAAACAUGGUUGAACUAGUCCUCGUCAACCAGCAGGUGGACCGAAGCGACUUCUUCGAUAACGGCGAGUGGGAGAUUCUCAGCGCCACUGGGGUCAGAGGCAGUCGGCGAGACGGCCACCUCUCUUACCCCUACAUCACGUACUCGUUCAUCCUGAAACGUCUUCCUCUCUUCUACACUCUCUUCCUCAUUAUUCCCUGCCUGGGCUUGUCCUUCCUAACAGUGCUGGUUUUCUACCUUCCCUCUGAUGAAGGGGAAAAAGUCUCCCUGUCCACCUCCGUCUUGGUGUCCCUCACUGUCUUCCUUCUCGUCAUCGAAGAGAUCAUCCCUUCUUCCUCUAAGGUUAUCCCGUUGAUUGGAGAGUACCUGCUUUUUAUCAUGAUCUUUGUCACUCUCUCCAUCAUCGUGACUGUUUUUGUGAUCAACGUCCACCAUCGAUCUUCAGCUACUUACCAUCCGAUGUCUCCGUGGGUGCGUACGCUGUUUCUCCAGCGGCUGCCUCAUUUGCUGUGCAUGAGGGGGAACACGGACCGCUAUCAUUACCCAGAGCUGGAGCCUCACAGUCCUGACCUCAAGCCCAGGAGCAAGAAAGGGCCACCUGGCCCUGAAGGGGAAGGUCAAGCUCUGAUUAAUAUGCUGGAACAGGCCACCAACUCGGUUCGCUACAUCUCACGCCACAUUAAGAAGGAGCAUUUUAUUAGAGAGGUAGUACAGGACUGGAAGUUUGUGGCUCAGGUGUUGGACAGGAUUUUUCUCUGGGCGUUCCUCACAGUCUCUGUACUCGGCACCAUCCUCAUCUUUACACCUGCCCUCAAGAUGUUCCUGAGCACACCUCCACCUCCCUCUCCAUGA